AAGAGAAUGGACAUGGGUAACCAACACCCAUCCAUGAAACGGUUGCAUGAAAUACAGAAAGAAGUCAAGGAGAUUGAGCAGCAAGUGCUUGUCUUCAGUGGUCUGUCUACUGAUCGAGAUUACAAGCAAUUAGAAAGGAGUCUCACUAAACAGCUUUUUGAAAUCGAUUCAGUGGACACGGAAGGAAAGGGGGAUAUUCAGCAAGCCAGGAAGCGGGCUGCUCAGGAAAUAGAGAGGCUGCUUAAGGAACUGGAACAAAAUGCAAACCAUCCGUGCAGACUGGAGAUAGAGGCGAUAUUCAAGGAGGCACAGUCACUUGUUGAACGCAAGAUUACACCUUUUUACAAAGGGGGUAACUGUAUAAGUGACGAAUUUGAAGAAGGUAUUCAGGACAUUAUUUUGAGGCUUACCCAGGUGAAAACUGGAGGGAAAGUUUCUUUACGUAAAGCAAGGUACCGCACUCUGACAAAAGUGUGUGCUGUCCAGGAGGUCAUAGAAAGCUGUGUAAAGCAGCAGCUGUCCCUGCCGCUCUCUAACGAUGCACAUCCUUCUGUCUCCAAAAUUAACUCUGUGAUGUGCGAUGUGAACAAAGCAAGAGGAACUCUUAUUGCGCUCCUGAUGGGAGUGAGUAGUAAUGAUACCUGCAGGCAUCUGUCCUGUGUGCUUACAGGCCUCAUUGCUGAUUUGGAUGCUUUAGAUGUCUGCGGUCGCACGGAAAUAAGAAACUACAGAAAGGAAGUAGUAGAAGAGAUCAAUAAAUUGCAAAAGUACCUGGACUUGGAAGAAGAAGCAAAUUCUACUCAUGCUUAUGAUCUGGCACAAAAUCAGUCCAUUCUAAAAAUAGAAGAGAUCCGCAAGAAAAUGAAGGAAGUCAAUUCUUUACUUUUAAAAACAGAGAAUGCUUCCGAUUUGUAUUUGGGGUCCAAAGCGGAAUUGCAGGGAUUGAUUGCCCGCUUAGAUGAGGUGAGUCUUGGGAAAAACCCCUGCAUUAGGGAGGCCAGGAGAAGAAUUCAGACCCUUAUAACGUACAUUGAUUUGAAGGAAGCGCUUGAAAAAAGGCAAAUGUAUCCUGAGCAAACUGCUGCUGAACAUCAGUCUCAUAAAGCAGUUUGGACUGUUCUGGGAAACUUGUCUCAAAUUCAGCAGGAGGUCAUUUCAUUUGAUGGAAACAGAACAGAUAAAAAUUACAUGAGACUGGAAGAACUGCUCACCAAACAACUUCUAGCACUGGAUGCUGUCGAUCCGCAAGGGGACGAGCGGUGUAAGGCUGCCAGGAAGCAAGCGGUAAAGCUUGCGCAGAAUAUUCUAUACUACCUGGACAUGAAAACAGAUGAAUGGGAAUACUGAAAGAGCCAUGGCCUAACAUGGAAGAAUGUUUUCUCCUUUGGCACUUUAUG